AUGUCAAAUCGUAAAAAAACUGUUAAAAAUUAUAAUACAACAGUUAUUGACAUUGGAAAAAUCGAUUCAAAAAUACAUUAUGGGCCAUUUUCACAAUACUGGUGGAUUUCAACUGGAAAUAACGAAAAUAAUACAAACCCAUUAAUUCCAAUACGAAUAGAUAUAAAAAUUCUUACCAAGCUUAAUAAAUAUGAUUUUAUUAUUACUAUUUUGAAACCUGAUACUCAAAAUUUACCUGGUCCGAGAUAUCAAGUAAACUGUGAAUUAAAAAGUAGCGAAAUUUGUACAAGUUCUUCUGUGGCAAUUACAUCUCUAUACCAACAAAUUUUUAAUACAAAGACUAAAUUCUCGGGACCACUUGUGAUGGAUUUUGAUCAACAAGAUAUU